AUGAAUUGUCUCACUAUUGAUCCUGCCCCUCUUGCAUUUGAGUCAUAUCAGUCAGGGGACUUCAUUAUCGGUGGGAUGGUUUCUCAGAUUCGUACCUUUUCACCAGCAUUUAAUUUCAAGGAAUGUCCUUGGCAAGAGUUCUCUGAAUUAAGAAUGGUGGUGACAAAGUUCUACCAGCACAUCUUGGCCUUGGAUUUUGCUGUCAAUGAGAUCAAUAAGAAUCCCAAGAUCUUACCGAAUGUCACACUUGGAUUCCACAUCUAUGACAGCUACAACGAUGCUCAGAUGACCUAUCGUACCACCCUGGACCUUCUCUUCAAAUCCCACAGAUUUGUCCCCAACUAUGAAUGUGAUGCCAACAAAAAACUAAUAGCCAUCAUUGGGGCACUUGCCUUUGAUGCCUCACUACACAUGGCAAAACUAUUAAAUACCUACAAGAUUCCACAGAUCCUGCCAAUUUCUGUCUGUAGUGAUUCCUGCCAACCUGGAUAUCGGAAGACAAAGGUGGAAGGGAAGAAGUUUUGCUGUUACGAUUGUAAUCGAUGUCCAAAAGGGAAGAUUUCAAAUCAAACUACCCCUGAUGACUGCUCUGAAUGCCCAGAAGAUCUAUAUCCAAACAAAGACCAAGAUGAAUGCAUCCCAAAAGUCAUAAGCUUCCUGUCCUUUGAAGAACCCUUAGGGAAAAGUUUAGCUUCCAUUGCUGUUUCUUUUUCCUUGAUCACAGUCUUGGUGCUGCACACCUUUAUUAAGCACAGGGAUACCCCCAUAGUCAAAGCCAACAAUCGGGGCCUCACUUACACUCUCCUCAUUUCUCUCCUGCUUUGCUUCCUCUCUUCUUUGUUGUUCCUCGGAAAGCCUGAGAAACUGACUUGCCUUCUUCAACAACCAGUUUUUGGUUUGAUCUUCUCAGUGGAUGUUUCAUGUGUGUUGGCCAAAACCAUCACUGUGGUUGUAGCUUUCAUGGCCAACAAGCCAGGGUCUACCAUGAGGAAGUGGGUGGGAAAAAGGCUGGCCACCUCCAUUGUCCUUUCUUGCUCCCUCAUUCAAGUUGGCAUUUGUGUUGUGUGGCUCACAACCUCUCCCCCAUUCCUGGAUUUAGACAUGCAGUCAGUCCCUGAAGAAAUCACUAUGCAAUGUCAUGUAGGUUCUGCCAUCAUGUUUUAUCUUGUCCUAGGCUACAUGGCACUAUUGUACAUCAUCAGCUUUUCCGUGGCUUUCUUAGCUAGGAAUUUGCCAGACACCUUUAAUGAAUCCAAAUUUAUCACCUUUAGUAUGCUGAUGUUCUGCAGUGUUUGGUUGUCAUUUUUUCCAGCCUACCUGAGCACCAAGGGCAAAUACAUGGUCGCAGUGGAGAUCUUCUCUAUCUUAGCUUCUAGUGCUGGGUUGUUAGGCUGUAUCUUCUCUCCAAAAUGUUACAUUCUUCUCUUCAAGCCUGAGCUGAACAACAGGGAACUGAUAAUGGGAAGAAAGAAUUAG